GGUGGGCCUCACUCUGGCCAUGGAAGAGGCCCAGGACAGAAAGGUUGGAUUUGGAAUGGGAGGGGGAGUUGAAGUGCUGAGCCACCGGGAGAUCAGGUUGGUUAUUGUGCACCGAGCGGAGGUGUUUGGGUGAAGCGAUCGCCAAGCUUACGCUUGGUCUCACCGAUGUAGAGCAGCUGACACCUAGAGCAGUGGAUGCAAUAGAUGAGGUUGGAGGAGGUGCAGGUGACCCUCUGCUGCACCUGGAAAGACUGCUUGCGUACUUGUCAAGGGGGGAGGUAAAGCGACAAGUGUAGCAUUUCCUGCGGUUGCAAGGGAAAAUGCCAGGAGAGGGAGUGGUUUGGGUGAGAAGGGACGAAUUGACCAGGGAGUUAUGGAGGGAGUGGUCUCUGCGGAAAACCAACAGGAGGGGAGAUGGGAUGAUGUGGCCAGUGGUGGGAUCCCAUUGGUAGACAAAAAAGCUGGAGAAAAUCAGCGGGUAAAGCAGCAUCUAUGGAGCGAUGGAAUAGACGACGUUUCGGGUCGAGAUCCUUCUUCAGAUUGAUGUCGGGGGAGACACACGAAAAAGAAAGGAAGAGGCGGAGACAGUAGGCUGUGGGAGAGCUGCGAAUGGGAGGGGAAGGAGGGAGAAAGCAAGGACUACCUGAAAUUUUAUUUCGGAGUCACGUGAGUGACUACCUGAAGAGCCUGUCAGCCCGCAUGCGCAUCAUUAUAUCAAACGCGUGGUGCUCUGAUUGCCUGAUUUGCGCGUCGUUCCACCAGCGGUAAGUUUUAAAAGAUCUGCAGGUAAGUUCUUGAACUUAGUUUGCGGUCGUUUUGUCUUCGGUUCUUGUUGCAGCUUCAAGAACGGACCAGUAUGGAUAAGGCGAGGGUGAAGUCUCAACGGGCUGCAGGGAGAACCGCUUCGGAAGGAAGACCGCAGGGAGUGCGGUCAGUGGGCGGCAGUCCGUUUCACCAUCGCGGUUGCUGACUGUACAGCCAGCGCCUUCGGGCUUGGUGCCCAUGGAGAGCACUGUGGCUACCCCGCGGGUUGGGAAAGCCAAGUGCAACUCGGUUGACUCGGAUGAGUUCGCCUCCUCCAGAGGGGAGCGUUGUCGGAUGCCUUUCCCGAGUAGAGCAUCUUAUGGAGAAGAUGCUCCAACGUAUGCUCCUCAGUUGGGAGUCUUGUCAGAGCAGGUCUCGGGGGCCCGCAGCAGCGCCUGGUGCACGGUUGCAUUAUGUCUCCCCAUCUGAGGAUGUGAGCGUAGACUACCAGUCCUGGGCGGACUCGCAUUGCACUGAGAUGCGGGGGGAACGUUCGAUAUGGGACCCGCGAGAAGCGGAGGUGCCAACCAUGGUCUGCAAGUUCGCGAUGCCGUCGCUGGUUGGGGAGCUGCUGGACGAGUUGGCGGCCAACAUAAAUUACUUCGCUUCCCACCAGCUUCAAGAGCAGGUGAUGAUGGAGGCAGCCAUGAGGUACCACGCGCCCAGAAACCACUCCUCCCUCAAGGUACCGGCGGUGAACAGCUCCAUUUGGAGCUACAUUGGUGGCGGCAUCAAGAUCCAAGAGGUCAAGCCACAGCAUAUCCUGAAUCUACUGGUGUCGGGGUUGACAGCAUUCGCCAGGUCUGUGGACGGCAGCAUGUUAUCCGAGUCUCAACGGGACGCAAUGGCAUUGUUGUGCAAUGCAUUCUUUGAAAUUAAUUGCUUUCGCAAGAAUGCCAUUCGUCCUGUUCUCAACCCCACGUUUGCAGGGUUGUGCAAGUCCAGUAAUGUGCAGCCGCCCAAUUUACUGUUUGGAGAAGACCUGUCCAGGCAGGUCUUUAUUCUCUGGAGCGCAGAAGGUUAAGGGGGGACUUGAUAGAGGUCUUUAAAAUGAUGAGAGGGAUAGACAGUUGAUGUGGACAAGCUUUUCCCUUUGAGAAUAGGGAAGAUUCAAACAAGAGGACAUGACUUCAGAAUUAAGGGACAGAAGUUUAGGGGUAAUAUGAGGGGGUAGCGGUGUGGAAUGAGCUUCCAGUGGAAGUGGUGGAGGCAGGUUCAUUGGUAUCAUUUAAAAAUAAAUUGGAUAGGCAUAUGGAUGAGAAGGGAAUGGAGGGUUAUGGUAUGAGUGCAGGCAGGUGGGACUAAGGGGAAAAAAAAAAUUUGUUCGGCACGGACUUGUAGGGCCGAGAUGGCCUGUUUCCGUGCUGUAAUUGUUAUAUGGUUAUAUGGUUAUUAAUCUGCAAUUUGAGAAGGAGAAGGUUAAAUCGGAAGUGUCAGUGAUGCAGUUGAACAAAGGGGACUAUGAAGACAUGAGAGGGGAGCUGGCCAAGGUAGACUGGAUAGGGAUCCUGGCAGGAAUGAUGGUGGAACAGCAAUGGCAGGAAUAGCUGGGCAUAAUCCAGAAGACGCAGGAUCAUUUCAUUCCAAAAAGGAAGUAAGAUUCUAAGGGGAGUAGGAGGCAACCGUGGCUGACAAGAGAAGUUAGGGAUAGAAUUAAACUAAAAGAAAAGAUGUAUAACACAGCAAAGAGUAGCCAGAAGCCAGAGGAUUGGGAAACUUUCAUAGGAAUCAGAAGGAAACAAAACCGGCAAUAUGGGCUGAAAAGAUGAAGUACGAAGGGAAACUGGCCAGGAAUAUAAAGAAGGACAGUAAAAGUUUAUUUAAAUAUGUUAAAGGAAAAAGAGUAGUAAAGUAAAAUGUGGGUCCCUUGAAGGCAGACACGGGUAAAAUUAUUAUGGGCAACAAGGAAAUUGCAUAAGAGUUGAAUAGGUACUUCGGAUCUGUCUUCACUAAGGAAGACACAAACAAUCUCCCAGAUGUACUGGAGGACAGAUGAUCUAAGGGGGUAGAGGAACUGAAAGAAAUUUGCAUUAGGCGAGAAAGAGUAUUGGGUAGGCUAAUGGGACUGAAGGAUGAUAAAUCCCCUGUGUAACAGGUAUAGCUUGGACCCAAUAGCAGCACAGAAUCAGGCAGGUAUAAUUGGUCAUGAACUUUAUUACGAUACUGAAACACAGAGUAGUAACACAGGAAUGGGUACACCAUACUCACACAGAGGCUCAGGAUUGAGCGAGGGUUCCAAAGAGGGGCAGGCAGGAGACGUAGUCGGGGUAGCGGAAGGUCCGGUAACCAGAAGAUCCAACACACGAUGCAAACAAACCAGGGAGGGACAGACGAAAGGAGAGUCGAAGCCAGGCAGGAAGUCGAGGAGCCGUUGCAGGGAUACACCAAACAGCCCAGGAGAGAGGCAGACAGAAACCAGGAGGUACCGGACGAAGGCCGUGGUCGGGGACAGAAGGCUGAGGUGAUCCGGGAAGAUGACAGGACGGAAUGGUCAGGGGCAGGCAGGCAUCCGUGUAGUCAGUCGGGAAAUCGCUGGAGAGUCUUGCAUGAAUGCUGAGAACAAUCUGGCACUGUGUGCACGGUGAGGAGAGUCUAUAUACCGGGUUAAUUGGUGAUCAGAGGCAACUGAGUGCAACAGGUGAGGAGAGUUGGGCUGAUGAGAGGGGAGUGGCAGGCAGGCAGGCAGGUGAGGAGAAGGAAGGACCGGUGGAAAAGUACUGGGAGGUGAAGUGGAUGAGAAUGAGGAAAGGGCAGACUGUGACA